CCAGCUCCAUUAUUUUCCUGCUACUCGUGCGACACGGAACUAGUUUUAGAAAAUACAAAAAAAUUAUACGUGCAUACAAAAUUUCAAGUGAAAGAAAACCAACCUUUUUAAGGAGCUAAGGAGAAUUUCAAGAUGAGCAGCAAGAAGUCUAAAGAUCCGAGUCCUGCGACCUUGGAAGAUUUGGUCAACCAGGUGAUCGAGAAGUCGAAGCAGCUGAGCAUGUCGAUGAAGGAGCAGCGCAAGUUAGUCCAGGAGUAUAUGAAUGCCAAAAUCUAUGGCAGCGAGGAAAGCUAUGGAGAAUGUGUAUGUGAUUUCAGCACCGAUUCAGAUACUGACUCUGACUCAGAUUCAGAUUCUGUUUCGGAUAGCGAUUCCGAGGAGGAUUCAAUUACGGAUUCUGAUGAGCAAACAGAGGAGAGCAGCGACGAUUCGGAAUCGGAGCUCAGUGAAGUCGAGGAGGCUUCCUCUCCAGGAGAUGCCCAAGGGAGUGCCACCAAGAAUUCGAAAGAACCCAUCUCCAAAGACGAGCCAGAACCAUCGCGGCUCGUGGCUUUUGUGCCUCCUCCCCAAUCCCCUGGGCAACCUGCUCCCCGCAUCCAGCGGCGACUGACCAUGGCUGGUGGCAUGGUAGCUGCUCCAGUGCCUCCAAGAUCGGGAAGAGCCAAGUAGAUGCGGGAACUUUCUCCUAAAGAUUUAGUAUUUGCAUUUUAAACUUUUUGUAGUACUUUAUAACUAAAAA